AUGUCAGUGAUGCUGCUCCAAAGCCAACAUUCUAGUAGCAGAACACGAAGCCUCUCUUCAACAACUCUAUUGAAUCAAGAUGACUCCUAUGAUAAAAUUGACCAUAACAAGUUGUACGAAUGUGUGCUCAAAGUGGUAAUUCUUGAGUAUGUCAAUGAAGCCCGAUUCAAAACACCAAUAGUGGUUGAAGACAUUGAAGACACAAAUGGAAGCUCUACCAGCUUGUCAAUGGUGACUUCGCCUUCCAAGAAGCGGUCGUCUCGGGUGUACGGUCUCAAUACGCCCAGUGAUGUCAAACUUUCAUCGUCUUUCUAUUCUAACCUUGAACGCCAUUUGAAUCUCAUUGCAAUGAAAAAGAAGGGACUUCGCUUGGAUGAGCAUACACGCCGGUCGUUUCUCCGAUUCUACAGUGAGUUGCUUGACCCAAAAGUAAAGGGUGACUUGAAGGCUAAUAAGACUCCAGACUACUUGCUCAUGAAGUUUGUUGCCAGUUCCAAUAGAGAGAUCAUUAAGCUUGGAUCCAUUCCCCAGUCCGAGAUUAGUAAUGUGGUGUUCAAACAGGCCAAUGAGUUUGUGUCAAUCUUAAUCGGGUUGGUAGAAAAGGAGAAAAACAGGGAUUUGAUCGUAUCUAAACUCAAUGAGCACAGAGAUUCUUUGAACCCUCAGAAGCCCAAAUCGUCAAGCUCUUCGGUAUCCUUGACCCUGGCAAAUGUCAGAUACAAUAAACCUUCCUUUAAAAUUACCGAUUUGGACCAAGCAACCGUGACUUUACUCCAGGACUUGUUCAAAUUUGAUCUGGUGAAAAUUCAACAGGAUAUAUUCAGAGUAAAGGACAUUGUUCAAGAGAAGGCCCUUCACCAGGAUAUAAAACAAGUACUUUUCUACCUCGAGAAAGACUUAGGCCAGUUCCCUCCCAGUUCAUUUGUCAACAAUGAAGUAUACCUGGUAUGGAAGUCAAAAGAAAAAGCCAACUGUGAGUCGUUGAUAGCAAAAUACCCUGUGCCAGCAUCAAUGAAACUUAUGCUGAUACCGAAACUACCUUUGGGAGAAGACUUUUAUAUCCUUCCCAGAAGUUCUUUGGCAAGAAAGUUCUUCGUGGUGCUUGUCAAAUUGUGUCUUGAACUUCAGUCCAAAGAGAGACAGCUUUCAGAGGAGGCCCCAUUGUUUUCUAAACAAUCCAGUCAAUUGAUGAAUUUGUGUGCUAAAAUAUGGAGAAUUGAUUAUUCUACAAAAGCUGUUUGCUUAUUCUCAGCUGCCCACUUGUCGGGAAUGUUGAAAGACAGCUUCUAUAUAACAAAAGAUCCUAAAGAUCUUGCUCCAGUUGACGUCGGCCAUUCCAUCCAGAUUUUGAAUUACUGUAAAUUAAUCCUUGAAGAUGGUCCCGAGAAGAAUCAUUGGCCCUUAAAGGAUCAGGAUGAGUGGGUGAAAAACUUGACAUAUUCUUAUAAUGCAACCAUGUUCUCCAUCAAAGAUUACCUCCUGAUUCUUUUUAGCAAGGUGACGAAGCCCAAAUUUGGGCCUGUAUUGGCAUUUCUUGGGGAGUACAUUGAGUCUGAUUUUUUUUUCAAACAGGUGCUAGAGUUACAAUUGCCUAAGAAGUGGGAGAAAAAGCUUUCCAAAACACUUCUAAGAGUUGCAGAAACCAGAUAUGCCGAAUUAUUGGAGAACCUUCCCAGGGAUGACACCUUAAGCACUAUUCAUGUUUUGGAUAUUUCUGAAAGUAUUGUGCUGGACAUUCAAAGCCUUCAAAAACGAUACAAGAAUCCGCUAUUAGGCUUCCUCCAUGUUCCUAGGACUGUUGCAACCGUCAUGACAUCCAUGUUUGCAGUCGAUUCCAAGAAUAUUCUCAAGCAUAUUGACGCAUAUAAUAGGGAAAGGGGAGGAUUUGUAUCUUAUGGGGAUUCCUUGGAAGCAUAUAAGUCCCUUUGUCAGAUACGGGACAUUUACAACCAAGUGAAUACCACCGGAGUAUCAUUCAAAUUCAAUUUAGAGAAGCUUUUCUUUUCUAGUUUGAAUGAGUGGGUGAAUGAAAGUGGAGAGAAAAUCCAAAGUAUCGUUGACCAAGCUAUCAAAAAUGAUAAUUUCAAGCCAGUAAAUAUUGAAAAUGACGAGAAAAAGUUCAGUACAUCUGUAUUGGAUAUCUUCUCGUUAAUUAGAGAAUUUCUUAAGAUCUUGGAACUGUUGGGGUGGUCUAAUGAGUAUCAAUUGGCAAAAGUCUACACUAUUUUAUUGAAGAGCAUUUCCGAUGGAGUAUUGAAAUACACUUCAGCAAUGUCUGACAAAAUCAUGUUUGAAUUGAAUGAAGAUAAACAGAAGAAAUUGCUAGAAACAACACAGCUGAAGGCUGAUAAACGAAAAAGUGCAGGGUGGUUUGAUGAAAUGAAGAAUGUAGUAAAUAACAUUCAAAUAGCUGGGGCUAAAAUUGAGGCAGAAGAACCCUACAACUUCCGUCCUGAAACUUGUGUUGCUUUAAACAACUUGGCUGCAAUGCUGCAACAGCUUGCUCAACUUGAAGACAUUCUUGAUCCCGAGUUAAUCCUGAAGACUGUGAGGUCAUUUGAGCCUAACCGUCAAAAUUAUUUUACCAGUCAUGUUUUCUCCUUGAGAUUGAAAAGAGCAGAAAAUCUAGCUUCUGGUGGUUCUUACAGCUCCAAUAUUAGACCUUAUGUUACCUUAACUGAUACAGUGGCUCGCAAAACCAUUGGGAAGACAAGAACAAUCAACCAUACACCAAACCCUGAAUGGGAUGAAGAAUUUGAACUCACAAUGCAACCGAACACCAGUAUUACGUUGUCCGUCACUGUUUGGGAUGAGAAGUUAGGAACUCAUUCAGUAUGCGGGAGGGCUGUCCUACAGCUAGAUCCCAAGAGAUUCAAACAUGACGGCAUACCCCAAGAAAUCUUCUUGGAUUUUGACUCGCAAGGGAGAUUAUUAAUUGAGGUUGCGGUUGAAAGUGAAAGAGCAGAUGCCAUUUUUGUCAUGGGAAGAGCACAUAGGACGUUGAUGAGAGCUCGGGAAAGAGCUAUCAAGUUGAUUGUGGAGAAAUUCUCCAGGUUUAUACGGUUAUGCUUUUCUCGAGCUAAUUUGAAGUCAAUUUGUGGAAAUAAUGGGCAAAUUAAACCCACUGAAGAUCAAAUGCAUGAUGCCAUGAUACCGUUAUAUGACUACUUGAACUCUAACUUGCAGGUUCUUGCGGAGUUCUUGACCAAAGACUUAUUGCUUCUAGUCAUGGUGGCUGCAUGGCAAGUAGUUGUCGCGUGCGCUGAUGAACUUUUAUUACCAAAGUUGGUAACAGCUAAAGUUUUUAACUUAUCUAACUUUGGACCCCGAGCUGCUUCUCACAACCAACCAAAGCCUUCUACAGGUGGAUGGCAAUCUGCUGUCACUUCUGCUGUUGCGAAUGUUACUAGUACCAUUGGAAUCAGUGGAUUUGGAAAACUACUUACAAGCAAUGAGUUGGAAACGGUUUUUGCCUGGUUGAACUUCUUGUGCUUUGACUUCUUCCAUAAUGAUGGUAAUGGACCUCCUAUUAGAGACUUGAAGAACGAGCACUAUCAAUCACUUUUGUUGUUACCCGUAUACUACGACGGAGAUAUUGACUAUUUGAAGCAAGAAGUCGAACGGUUAUCGCCUGCAUUUGUCAAGUCAUUGCGAGACAGGAACAACUUUGAUAGUGGAAAAAUCCCACUAAAUAAUAGCACGUUAGAGUUGAAUUCCCUGCAACCAGGAGCAACUGAACAGAAGGGCAGACCAAGAAGUUUGAGCAGAGCCGGGACUAUGGCUAGAAAUAAGACAAUAAUGGCUAACGCUACCUCGAAAGCGAGAAAGAGAGCACAACAAGAGGAGCUUGAAGCCAGAGCAGAUCCUAUAGCUGCUCAGACCUCAGCUGAAGACAUCAUAUUAAGGUUACUUAUAAUCCGGGAUGAAAAAUCGUUUGUUUCUAGACGACUCGAGCAAAGAGAAAAAUUGGCACAUAGCAUUGCUACGGAGAGACUCGCUAGAGCGGCGGCUGAAGGCAGCUUCGGUAGACGAUGA